AUGAUAUUAGAUAAAAACCUACAACAAAAAUAUUUUGGUCGGUUCGGUGAUCAAAAAUUUUUAGAACAUCAAAUAUGGCCAAGAAUACAACAGCACGAUUCAGUUGCCCACGAUAGUUUCCAUUGUCAAACAAGUGUAGGUAAAAAUCGAUCACAACCAUGGCCAACACAACGUUUAGAAUCUAAUAAUCAACAAAUAAAUUUAUUUGUCGGUUGUUACAGACCAUGUUCGAGUCACGAUAAAAGAUUAAUGAUUCAUCAAUGUCCACUAGAAUGUCGACCAAAAGAGCAUCAAGACUGGAUUAAAUGUUGA